AUGAGGAAUCUUGCAGAUUCUCUAAGGCAGCAAAAGAAGUAUAAGGAAGCCGAAGAUCUCUACCAGCAGACCCUCGACCUAUCCACAUAUACACAUGGAUCCAAAACGCCUGAAACCCUUGCUACUAUGAAUCAUCUCGCAAAUACCCAAUCCUCCCAAGGGAAGUAUAAGGCGGCUGAAGAUACCUACUUGCAGGCCGUAGAGCUCGCGGAAGAUCUACAUGGACCUGAAGCCUCCGGAACCCUUACUAUCAUGAACAAUCUCGCAGACUGCUUACAAAGUCAGGGGAUGGUGAAGGAGGCCGAGGAACUGUCCCGGUACACCCUACAGCUCAGAAGAAAAGCGGCUGGACUUGAAGCCGCUGACACCAUUAUGAAUAUUCAUAACCUCGCAGAUUCCCUAUUCGCGCAGGAAAAGUAUAGGGAAGCUGAAGAUCUCUACGAUUCGGCCCUACAGCUAUGGAGAAAAGCGCGUGGACCAGAAGCCCCCGAAACCAUCACUGCUAUGAAUAAUCUCGGGCAUUCCCUCUACAAACAGAAGCAGUAUAAGGCGGCCGAAGAGCGAUGGCAGGAAACCCUACAGCUGCAAAAAGAGUCUUUGGACCUGAAGCCCAUAAAACAGCCCAGACUAUGA